AUGGCAUCUCGCGAGGACCCUUCUACCAACCCGGCAGCCUUUCUGGCUCCGUCCGACUUCCUACCUGACCUGCCGCCGUCGACGCUCACUCCUUCGAUAGCCAGAUCAGAGGCCCUGAAAGAUGGAGCAGAUGUCAGCGACUCGGCACCGUCGAAGCCGCAGACCGAUACGCAAGGCCGUCAGCCGAAUCCACGAUCAUGUGUGACCUGCCGCAAGCGCAAGGUAAGGUGUGACAAACUGCACCCGUGUAGGAAUUGUAGCAGAGCGCAUAUCGAGUGUGUGUUUCCCGCGCCAGGACGAGCUCCUCGUAAGUCGAGGAAAGUCGAGGGUGGUCGCGAUAAAGAGCUGCUGGCACGGCUGAGGAGACUGGAGGGCGUGGUUCAGGGCCUGGGAGUGGAGGUUCCCGAGAAAGAGCAUGCAGAGAACGAGAGCGCGCGAGAGUUCAAUGGAUUAGCUCGUUCUGGAUCAAGUGGCGAAACAGAUAAAACGGUCGCGAACGGGACACCGCAGACAACCCAGAACAAGGAGGAAGAGUUCGCAGCGAAAAGCAGAUGGGUGGAAGAUCAACAGAAGGGUCGAUUCGAGAAUCGCUUCGGCAGGCUAGUCGUGAAUGAAGGCAGAUCUCGCUAUAUCAAUAAUUCGUUCUGGGCCAAUCUCUCCAACGAAGUGGAGGAUCUAAAAGGCAUUCUCAAUCAGUCCAGUGACGAGGACGAUGCGCCAUCUCCGGGAGUACAGACACAGGCCCAUAGUAGCCAACAGGGAUUCGUGUUCGGCUUCAGCUCGCAAAGUGUUGACUUGUUGAGCUUACACCCCCCUCCGGCUCAGAUUGGAUCAUAUUGGGAGACUUACAAGGACCGCGUAGAUCCGAUCCUUAAGCUCAUCCAUAUUCCCACCCUGGAGCCUACCAUCUUGAGCGCAGCGAACCACUUACCGAAUUUGUCUAAAGGCUUCGAGUGUCUUCUCUUCGCGGUCUACUACGGCGCCACCACCAGCCUUUCUGGUCGCGAAUGCCUCCUCAAGCUGGGAGAGGAGAAGUCUGUUCUCUUGUCUCGAUAUCGCUUUGCAGUCGAACAAGCACUUGCACGGGCAGGCUUCCUCAAUACCGAAGAGCUCGUGGUGCUGCAAGCUUUUGUUAUAUUCCUCAUGUGUCUUCGACGUAAUAGCGAUGCGCGAGUCAUCUGGACCCUCUCGGGACUCGUGGUGAGAAUUUCGCAAACUCUCGGAAUACAUCGAGAUGGGACCCACUUCGGUCUGGCGCCGUUCGAAGUCGAGAUGCGCCGGAGACUUUGGUGGCAAGUGUGUAUUCUCGACGUGAGGGCAAGCGAAGAUCACGGCUGUGACCCGACAAUCAUCGAGUCUGCCUUCGACGCGAAAUUGCCGACUAACUGCAACGAUACCGAUCUCACACCGAGUAUGAAAGAAUUUCCUACCCAACGGCAAGGCUGUACCGACAUGUCCUUCUCCUUGUUGAGAUUCGAAGUAUCGAAUACCUUCAGAAGGCUCAACUACAUUCCACCGGGGCCGACCAAAGCAUGCGAGGCGCACCUGCAGUGUGUAACGCUAGAAGACAAGGAGAGAUGGAUCACAGAAUGCCAUCAACGUCUCGAAGAAACAUACUUGAAGCAUUGUGACAUGACUGUGCCACUCUACUGGGUAACGGCAACUGUUGCAAGAUUGAUGAUGAGCAAGAUGUGGCUCAUGGUCUACCAUCCAUUUCAGAGACGUGAUGGCGGAACAUCGCUUGAUCAAGUGACAAAGGAAAAGUUGUUCAUCACCAGCUUGGAGAACAUGGAGUACAGUCUGUUGCUUGAGACGGAGCCGAGGACGAGGAAGUGGAGCUGGCUGUUCAGGACUUACGUUCAGUGGCAUGCACUCGCUUUCACUCUGUCCGAGCUCUGCCACCGUACCACAGGUCCAAUGGUGGAACGUGCUUGGGCCGCCGUUGAAAACACUCGCAAUGCUAGCUGGGGCGAAAACGCUGCGGAAAACCUCAAUACUGGGCAUCUGUGGCGACCGCUGAAGAAGCUUUAUCGCAAAGCACAAAAUGCUAGGCGUGAGGCGAUGCUGCUGGAGACCGCG